AUGGAGCAAAUUAAUAUUUUGGUCAGCAAGGGCCUAAUGAACAUAUUAGAAGUUGAGAAUGAAGAAUACCAAUUAGUUAAGAAUGGUUUCUUAAAGGGUAUGGGAUUCAUGGGGAAUGUUACUAAUGUGAUGGCUAUACAUAAGAACAAUGUUGCAUCUAGCUUGACAAGGCAAGCACGUUUGCACUCCUUUAUGAUUUUCUCGAAGGCGGUAGCAACCAAGUGUGGUGGGGAUCCUAAUGUGAGGUAUGCUUGGUAUGGUAGCUCUCUGGAUGACCUCAAACAGAUUGUAUCUCUUGGAUUCCAUGAUGAUCAUUAUCAUAAUCACUCUCAUGGUGUUGGGAUUUCCCUAUUUUCUGCCAAAUAUUCCAUUGACAGUGCAAUGUGCACAAUGGAAGAUGAAAAUGGUUUGAGACACGUGAUGCUGUGUAGAGUGAUAGUAGGGAAGGUGGAAGCUGUUCCUGAUGGUUCAAAUCAGAGCCACCCUAGUUCAAUCCAUUAUGACACUGGUGUUGAUGAUAUUUCAGCACCUACAAGACAUAUCAUAUGGCCUGCUUUCAUUAAUUCACACAUUCAUCCUGAUUAUAUUGUUAGUUUCAAGUAUACUUAUAUGAAAGAUCCACAGGUAUACAGGGGACAAAAUCCUCAAUCAAAAUAUGUGUUGUUUCCUAAUUUGAUGGCAAGAGUCUCAAACCGUUUGAAGCCUUUGCAGAUGUCUUAUUUACUCGGAAGUUAUCGUCUUUACCAAGAACGUAAGAUUUCAAGAGAACUAUGGGUCAAGGAUGUGAGAUCCAUAAUUGGAGACCCACUGCUGCGUGAAGUGAUUUCAGAAAGCAGUGGCAAUUUGCAACUUCUUUAGUCUAUUUUGUCG